AUGAGCCUCUCGUCCGGGUCCGCCGCGUUGAACGACACGCCGAUCGUCGCGCCCGUCAGCGACAACGUCGUGGUCUACAGCUUAGUCAUCUCGGCCAACCUCGUCCUCGUCCUGCUGGUCUUCGGCAUGAUCUACAUGCGACGCGCGGCCAACAAACCGCUUGAGCGCCCGAUGGCGCCCACCGACCCCAAUGACGACGACGACCGAUCGAGCAUCGGCGAUGGCAUGAGCAGCGUCGUGCUUCUCGAGGUGCUCACGCCCUGCGACCACAUCGUGACGAGCGCUUAUAGCUCCGUGGAACCACCCGUGAGCAUCCACAUGACCAAGCUCAGCAUGCUUAGCGAGGGCCGCGAAACCAAUGUCGAUCAGCUUAGUACGUACGGCGGGGGCGACGACGAGGAUGACGCAGACGUCAUCGUGCUCUCGCGCGACGGCAUCCCGUCCAAAGUUCUCUCUCGCUGGUCUGCGUUUCAUUACCGCCCCGGUGACGCCGCGGCCGAAGACGAGGCCAAUCGACACUGCAAUGGGCGCACGACGUAUCCGAAUCCCUGGACAACAAGCUGGUCCGUGCCGCCGCUCAUGGAGCCCAAGCCGUACGCACACGCGCAGCAGCCAACGACGACGAUGCGCGGAGAGCAUGAAAUGAUUCGCUUGAGCGCCCAGUCGUCUUGGUCUCAGUGGCACAGCGGCUGCUCGUACGGCCAAGAGAGCGAGCUCUCGAUCGGCCUCUCGGAAGACGACGACGGCAGCGCGUCGUCGUUGAAUGACGACCGCAUUAGCUUCGACUCGGCAGCUCUCGAGAUGCACCUCGCGUCGGCAGCGUGA